GCAAUCGAACUGCGUGUGAACUGCGAACGAUACUGGGGGCGAUACGAUACGAUGCGAGCACACCCAGAACGUAAUUGAAAAGACUGACAUCAGUAAUCCAGCUUGGGAAUCCAUAGCUGGUCCAAUCGCAGACCUCGCAGCUCCUCCAGCAAUCCAGCAAUCCAGAAAUCCGGACGAACAGACAGACAAACUCGCGGGAGAGAGAGGAAAGGGACUUGGAAGCGCCGCCAGCAUGGAGAUACCCAUUUCGAACAUUCUACUGCUCUGCCUGAUCUUCCUGCUGAUCGGCGGAGUGGUGAUGAUCCUGCUGCAGUACCUCAUCUUCAUCAAGUUCUCCAAUCUGCCCGAUGAAAGCGAGGAGCAGAAGCAGGCGAACGCCAAAUACACCCUGCCAUUGAACAUCAAGCAGACGGCCAGGAACCUGAAGAGACUAUCCAACUCUGGAGUGGGCGGUGGCGCUGGGAAUGGAUGCGAGAACCACCAGGAGAGCCUGCGGCGAGCCUCCGCCCUGGUCUCCCUCAACUUUGUCAUGCAGUUUCUCUUCCACGAGUUCAAGAACUCCAACCGGGUGCGGAAGUGGUUCUACCGCAAGCUGUCCAUCGAGCUGGACGAACUGAUUUCAAAGACUACCACCGGAAAACUGCUGGAUAAGCUCACGAUUAAAGAGCUCGAGUUGGGCGACCAGUUUCCAGACGUCAAGUCGCUAUCAGUGCACAACGUGGAGCUGGACAAGGAUGAGCAGCGCAUCGAGAAUCUCGACCUGCUGCUGGACAUCAACUACGUGGGCAAUUUCACCACUUCCAUCGACGCGGACAUGGUGCUGGGCAAGAAGGGAUCGAUAACGCUUAGGGUGAAACAGCUUUCGGGAAUGGCGCGACUGCAGUUCACGAGGAAGCCCUACACGCACUGGUCCAUUAGCUUCCUGGGCGACCCGGAGCUGAUCCUGGACAUCGAGUCGAAGUACCAGGGCCGCCAGAUGCAGUCGAACAUAACCAACCUGAUCUCGAACCAGAUCCGGAAGGCGGUGCGCCGGAAACACACGCUGCCCAACUACAAGCUGCGCUACAAGCCCUUCUUCCACUGGACGGCGGAGGAGGACGCCGGCGACUGUGACAUCCAGCCGAACGGCCUGCUCACCGUUAAGCUGGCGGAGCUGUCCCGGCUGAUGGGCUAUCCGGGCGCCAGUGAGACGUACUGCACCAUCACACUGGCGCCGGUGCCCUUCAUCGAGGCCAGUCAGCGGGAUAGCCGCAAUGUGCUCAUCUCGCUGGACGUGUUCAUUCACAAGGCGAAGAACCAGCAGAUUGGCAUCGUCUUCAAGCAGAGCGGCAGCCAGGUGGUCCGCAUCGAGUCCGUGCUCCCCAACACACCGGCCUGCAAGUCCAAUCUGCUGGCCGGCGACGUACUGGUGGCCAUCGAGGGCAGACCGGUGACCACCAUUCAGCAGAUUGCCAAGGUGGUCAAGACGCUGCAGGCCACCGUCUUUAGUCUGCGCAUCGAGCGCAUCAUUCCCGGCAUUAUUCGCAACGAUGCCAUACUGGAGGACUUUGACAAGUACGAGGAUAUCGGCGAUCUGCCCAGUUCGUAUCCCUGCCAGCAGAAGGCGGAAGCGGAGGAGCCUGCUCCUCCUGCUGCAGCGCCCGCUGAUCCGGCACCCAAGCACCUGGUGGUGAAGCCCAGCCUGGGCGGAACACCAACCAAUUCGCCCAAGAAGUCCAACCUCAUUGCCAAGGCUAUCAAGAAGACAAUGAGUCGGGAGAGCGGGGACAAGGAUCGGGACAAGGACAAGGACAAGGACAAGGACAAAGAUAAAGACAAGGAUAAGGACAAGGACAAGGAUCGAGACAAGGACAAGGACAAAGGCAAGGAGGAAGUGGAGGAGGCGGUCAACUACUUCUACCAGCACUCCACCAUCGACUGUCCGUUCAGUCCACUCAUCCACAUGGACGACGUGUGCAGCUUCCAGUUGGACAACUCCAGUCGCUUCCUCAACGUCUGCGUCUUUGGCAAGUCCGCCGGCGAGAGUGUGCUCUUGGGCUACAACAAUGUCCAGAUCGGCCAAAUCCUCGUGGAGUGCUCCGAAACCAGUCUGAACCAGUGCCUCAAGCAGAUCAGUCUCAAUCCCGCGUCACUGCAGGCCGUGAAGACGCAUCCGCUGUCCAAUCAGUCCGGCUUCAAUCCGCACUUCUGCUUCGGCGACAUUCUGUUCGGUUUCUCCUGGAUGGGCAAUCCCAAUUUGACGGUGGGCGAUGUUCCCAUCAAGAGCACCUCCAAGUCCCAGUCUCCGGCCAGAAAUCCAUUAGCUGGCGAUCGAGUGGCUUCAGAAGAUCAGUCGCAGUUCCUAAAGCUGACGAGCUCCUUGGCGGACAGCGGCACAUCCGGCGAAUCCUCGGGUGCCACAGCAGCCGCUCCAAGGGCACACGACUUUGUGAGGACCCACUUCCAUCGGGCGACGCAGUGCGACUUCUGCGGCAAGAAGAUCUGGCUGAAGGACGCCAUGCAGUGUCAGGAGUGCUCCAUGUGCUGCCACAAGAAGUGCAUAGUCAAGUGCCAGAUGGCCACCGUCUGCGGUCCGGUGGACUGUACUGGCACCAUGCCGGGCACCUCCUCCUCCUCCUCCUCCACUCCCUCGAUGGCCAGCCGGCCGGAGUUCACCAUUACACAGGCCGACAAUCCGCAGAUCCUAGAUGCCAGCACUGGCGUGACUCCGUUGGAAGAGACGUCCGCUGCAGCUGGCGGAGAUCAGGGACAGAUUCAAUCGCCGACGCCCGCCGGUCUGGAUGUCCAUCGACCCAGCCUCACCGGAAUGCUGGCCCAGGGCAUCAAGCGGCAGGCGAGCAACCUGGACAUUCCCGGCAUCGUGUCCUCGCUAACUGGCAGUGGCCAGCAGAUGAACUCCAAGAGUCUGCCUCCCAGUCCACAGCACACGCCAUCCCGAAAAUCGUCGAUUGUGGAAGAGGCGACACCGGCGCUGCAGCAGAAUCCCUUCGAGAGCGUCACCCAGCAUCUGGAGGCCCUGCCCUUGGACUGUCCGGAGCUCAGCUUCGAGCAGGUGAUCGUCAUCACGGAGCCCAUCAUCCGGCACACGCGCAACGAGGAUCUGAUGAACCUGGCCAAGAGCACCAGCAAACAUUUAUACGUGGCCCUGCCGCCCGACGAGCGUGUGGCCAAGAUAAACGAGCUGCUAACGAAGCUGAAGGUGGCCCUGGACGCGGAGACCGAGGGCUACACGCAGAUGAACGACGCGGAGAAGGCGACGGAGUCCUCGCCCUGGAAGUCGGACAGGUCGGAUGAGCGGGUCCAGGCGCUGAGCAUCAUCAUGCUGUACUUGUGCACGGGCUUGCAGCAUGCCCAGGGUGUGGUGCUGCAGUAGAUGAUCCUGGGAUCCUGGGAUUCUGGGAUCCUGGGAUUCUGGGAUCCUGGAAUCCUGGGAUGCAAGAACCUCAAUGAUCUUCGCUAUGUCAAUGGUUAGAUACUUGUGUAUUCGCGUGAACUCGUACAUAAUCUUAAGUAGUAGACUGGAAAUGUGUUAGUGAACUAAUGGGCAUUUUUAAUUCGUGUUGUGGCAUACUUAACUAGAAGUAUUUCAAUUUUAGCCAUUUGUUUCGAUCGAAAUACGCUUAUUUGUCAGUUUUAAAACAGAGAUUUGUACAUACAUAAUACAUAAUACAACAAUGGGAUUAACCCAAACCUAAUGGAUAUAGUAUCAAUGGUAUCCAUAGAGUUCCAACUUGUUUUGGCAAAUAAACAUUUUUAACCGA